AUUCAGUGCUCGUUGAGUUUGUGUCCAGGAUGGGACGAGUUCCGGCAAAGAUGCUAACGCUCCUCGCGCUUCUCCUCCAGCUUCUGGUGCCCUCCAUCCCCGCUAUCGAGUGGACGCUUCCGGAUGUGAUCAAUUCCAUCGGAAAUGUGGGCACCAGCAUCGUGGAUCCCAGUCUUCUGCCCACACCCCAAGGACUCCUCGAUGGCAGCAAGCAGCUCAUCGCGGGAUAUCCAUUCGAGUUCGUUUCCAACUCCCUGAACAUCAUUUGCUCCCAGGCGCUGGCUUCAAACAAAAUCAAGUCGAAAUACUCGCCGGAUAUCAAUAAAAUGAACUUCCAGCUGCAAACGGCGUGUGAAAAGAAAAACUUCCCACUAACAAAUCCGGAGUCCAUGUGGAAGAGUCCGCUUUUCGAUGUCAAGAAGAAGGUCGUCAUCCUGGCCACCGGAUGGACCACCACCGUGAAUGGAUCCGAUACCAUCGAAGUCUUCUCAAAGGCCUAUAAUUGCCGUGGCGAUGUCAACUUUGUGGCGGUGGAUGCUGCUCGUUUCGUGGAUACCCUGUACACCUGGUCGGCCUUCAAUACGGAGGAGAUUGGCGAGAACAUCGCCCUCGGACUGGUGAAGCUUCUCGAUCUGGUGCCGGUGGAGAAUAUCCACCUGAUUGGCCAUAGCCUGGGCGCCCACAUUGUGGGUUCGGCGGGACGGCACCUGCAACACCUGACCAACCAGACGAUACCCAGGAUAACUGGAUUGGAUCCGGCCAAGCCGUGCUUCAACGAGGGUGAAGCCCUCUCUGGUCUGAUGCGCGGAGAUGCUCACUUUGUCGAUGUGAUCCAUAGCAAUCCCGGGGUGCUGGGCAAGCGGGAUCCGGUGGGCGAUGUGGACUUCUAUCCGGGCGGAAUGAGCCCCCUUGCGGCAGGCUGUUUCUCGGUAACCUGUGCUCAUGCCCGAUCCUGGGAAUAUUUUGCGGAAACCGUUUUCCCCGGAAAUGAGCGCAACUUCAUGGCCACUCGCUGCAAUUCGAUAUCCAGACUGCGCGACUUCCGCUGUCCGGGCGACGAGGUGCCCAUGGGAUAUGCGGUGCCGCAAAACAUUAAGGGCAACUAUUUCCUGGAGGUCAGCGCCUCCGCACCGUUUGGCAUGCAUGCCUCCGUUGUGCGAUCGGCCCACUUGGAGCAUUGCGGCCUGUGUCCCGAGUCCACGAGCACCACUGAGGUGCCGAGUACCACAACCACGGGGAAGCCGGGUUGGUUCUCAGGAUAAGGGGAUAUCGUCCAAUAAUCUAUCCUAAGCUAGCAAUAAGCCUUGUUUUUUUUUUGGCUCAAACCGAUUGCGGUCGAUAAGCAAUACACAACUUGCCUUCUAAGCGUUGACAUUUCAAUUAAAUUUGUGUUUAGUGUGCGUAUGCAAAGCCCAAUACGGAAAAGGUAGCGGGCUCACGAACUUGGAAUACCCUACGUAUGUGAUAACGAAGGAUAAUGGUAAAUGGCAUAAGCAUACUUAAAUAAAUAUAAAUAAACCAAUCAA